AUGUCUCGUGGUGUGAGAGUUCCCGUGGCGGCCGGCAGCGAGGAGAGCUUCGAGGUGCUGAAGGUGCUGGGUCGGGGCGCCUUCAGCACGGUGCACCUGGUGCGCAAUGUCGGCGGGUGCAGCUACGCCCUGAAGGAGCUGCAGAAGGGGCAGUACAGGACCAAGGUCCCUCCUGAAGGAGCGGCGAGUGCUGGUGGCUUCCUCCUGCACCUGCACUACGCCUUCCAGACGGAGGAGGCGGCCUUGUUCGUGGUCGACCACGCGGCGGGAAGCGACCUCACCGCCGUGCUGGAGGACCUGGGGUUCCUGGUGCUGGCCCAGCUCUUGACGGCCCUGCACACCCUCCACUCGCUCGGCGUGAUGCACCGAGACGUGAAGGCCGACCACGUGGUGCUGGCCGACUACGGGCUGUGCUCGGAGCCGGCGGGGGAAGGCUGCCUGGCCCGCCGCACCUUCUGCGGGACGCUGCUGACGGGGAUACAGCCCUUCGACCCCAAGCACGAGGGCGACAGGAGGAAGACUGUUAGCAACAUCAUCAACAAGGAGCCGCAGUACCCGCCGCGCCUGUCGCCCGAGGCGGCGGACUUGCUCAGGAGGCUGCUGAGCCUCGGAGGGCCGGCGGCUGACCUGGCGAAGAGGUCGGAGAGGUGCCAGUAUACUCCUCCGAGGAUACCUGUCAGGCUUCGACUACACGUCGCCAGUCCACCAGCAGCCCUCGGCCAGACCACAGCCCCCGUCCAGUCCCCAGCCCCCAGCAAGUCCACAACCCACGUCCAGUCCACUGCCCAAGUCCAGUCCACUGCCCCCGUCUAG